AUGGACGCACUAAAGAGGGAGAUUGGUACAUGCAAAUCAUCAUUUGAACGAAAUGUAAACUGGAUAAGCAAUUUUCUCGAAAGUCAAACUGAUACAUUUGAACUUAGUCACAGAAGAACGCACUUAAUUAAUGCAUUUAAUAAUUAUAAUGAUAUUUGUAAUAAGAUAGACACUCACAAAAAUGCUGAUAUGCACACAGAAAAUAGAGAAGAAGUUGAAAAUAAACACUUCUCUGCUAUGUCUCGAAUUGACGGUAAAUUGGCGCAAUUCUCGAAAGUUAAUUCUUCUCCUUCGGUACCUUCUCAGUACCAACACGGUAAUCAUGCUAACUUCAACGUACGCUUACCACCUGUUUCUGUUCCUAUAUAUCAUGGCGAGCCCAGUAAAUGGGUCUCAUUUUACCAAUUGUUUUCCUCCAUUAUAAAGGAUAAUCAAACACUCACCAAAGCUCAAAAGCUAAUUUAUUUGAAAUCUUCCCUCCGCGGAGAACCCUUAAAUUUAAUUGAUUCGCUUGACGUAACUAACGAAAACUUUGAUCUCGCUAUUGACAUACUCGAAAGGAAGUACGACAACUGUCUUGCUAUUAUCAAUUCUCACAUCAAUCUUAUCAUAGAUUUCCCUACACUCACAAGGAGCAAUUAUCGGUCACUAGUGAUAUUACAAACGAUUUAA